GACGACCCAAGGCCCGCAAAAUCUGCAGAAGUUGAAGCGCGACCAUUCCGUGAUAUUCCAUCGCCUAAUUUUGGCUUGACAUCGACAAUUAAACAUUUUAAGGAAACCGAAGGUUUUACCAAAGUUUACAAACUAACUAAUCGGCUGUUCACGGAGCAUGGUCCUCUUUUUAGGGGCGACAUAUUGUUUGGCGGCAAACCUGCGGUUUACACCAUUGAUCCCGAUGAUUUUGAGAAAGUUUUCCGUUCUGAAGGAAGAUAUCCACGCAGACCGCCGAUAUUGGAGAUUUGGAGAGAGCAGCGCAAAAGAAGGAAUUAUUUCGUCGGAGUCUUUAGUGCGUAAGUAAAUGUUACGUAAUAGUAUAAAUGCUAUUUCAAAUGGGUGUCAGAAAAACGCGGGGCCGCAGUCGGACUCUGUCCGAAGGGUCCUAAUAAUAUCUUAGCCCCACUUUUCAGAAACUCACCCUCAGGGAGGGAGGGAGUGGGGGGAGGGGGAGGGGGGGUUGGGUGCAAAUAAAAAAUAGAAUGUCCCCUCUCCAAGGUGACAGUACUUUUCAAGACGAACACAAUUGAAAUGGCAGAUACUUAUUGCAGCUGACAUAAAGAUAUGAAGCAGAAAAUAAUAAACAUUUUCAAAUGCAUCAAAGAGCAAAAUGCCCAGAAACAGGGCAGAGUGGGGAUGGGAAGCAGGGUGGGGUGAGUAUGCAUGAAGAAAUGGACAAAUUCAAAUGGGUGUCAGUAAAACGUGUUGACGGGGUUGGGGUUUGUCUGAUUUUUGAAAGAAUGCUGUUUCAGGGUUAGGGUUAGGGUUAGGGUUCGUGAUAAAAAGUUGAGCAUUACAAAAAUAGUAAGAAGACAUUAAGCAAGACACCUCCAUCGGGGAGGUGAGGAAGUAGUAAUAAUGAGACCAUUUUUGUAGGGGAGUUGGAAUGGAAAUUGUUUAUAUAUUCAUUCAUUUCAAUACAUAUUAUGGCAUUUUAAUACUACUGUGUAGCACAAUCCAACCCUUUACUUGUUUUGUUGUUUUCAUAUCGUAGCGAUGGAGAAGAAUGGUACAGAAUACGAAAGAGUAUUGCUCCAAAAAUCAUGCGUCCAAAAAUAAUAGAGGAAAACAUCGACAACUUUAUUGCUGUUACCAAGGAUACAGUAGCAAGGUUUGUUCAACUGAACAAAGAUUGUGGACCAAAUGAUCACAUUCCUGACUUGGAAGGGGAAUUGAGUAAAUGGUCAACUGAAAGUAAGUUGUCAGUAUCAUAUGGACUAAUAAAAAAAAUUAAAGUGUCAGAUAUAAUGAUAUGCCAUCUCACAUCUCUCAGGUUCUGACCUUCCAUUAUUAAAGGCACUGGUUGCAUAAGAUUUUAAAAAAAAAAUGCCACCAGUAAAGCCUGAGGUUUAAAUCCUCAUAUUUUAUUCAGCAAUAUUUUUUAUAAUUGAGCACAUUGACCAAGAAGCAGUAAAUUAAAUGGAAACCUGAGGCACCAAAGGUCUGAGGUAUGUUUAGCCCACACCCACCAGCAUAUCUAGAUGCACUGCAUGCUGAGGAUCAGUUUCUUUGUAAGAANGGGAGGGAGUGGGGGGAGGGGGAGGGGGGGUUGGGUGCAAAUAAAAAAUAGAAUGUCCCCUCUCCAAGGUGACAGUACUUUUCAAGACGAACACAAUUGAAAUGGCAGAUACUUAUUGCAGCUGACAUAAAGAUAUGAAGCAGAAAAUAAUAAACAUUUUCAAAUGCAUCAAAGAGCAAAAUGCCCAGAAACAGGGCAGAGUGGGGAUGGGAAGCAGGGUGGGGUGAGUAUGCAUGAAGAAAUGGACAAAUUCAAAUGGGUGUCAGUAAAACGUGUUGACGGGGUUGGGGUUUGUCUGAUUUUUGAAAGAAUGCUGUUUCAGGGUUAGGGUUAGGGUUAGGGUUCGUGAUAAAAAGUUGAGCAUUACAAAAAUAGUAAGAAGACAUUAAGCAAGACACCUCCAUCGGGGAGGUGAGGAAGUAGUAAUAAUGAGACCAUUUUUGUAGGGGAGUUGGAAUGGAAAUUGUUUAUAUAUUCAUUCAUUUCAAUACAUAUUAUGGCAUUUUAAUACUACUGUGUAGCACAAUCCAACCCUUUACUUGUUUUGUUGUUUUCAUAUCGUAGCGAUGGAGAAGAAUGGUACAGAAUACGAAAGAGUAUUGCUCCAAAAAUCAUGCGUCCAAAAAUAAUAGAGGAAAACAUCGACAACUUUAUUGCUGUUACCAAGGAUACAGUAGCAAGGUUUGUUCAACUGAACAAAGAUUGUGGACCAAAUGAUCACAUUCCUGACUUGGAAGGGGAAUUGAGUAAAUGGUCAACUGAAAGUAAGUUGUCAGUAUCAUAUGGACUAAUAAAAAAAAUUAAAGUGUCAGAUAUAAUGAUAUGCCAUCUCACAUCUCUCAGGUUCUGACCUUCCAUUAUUAAAGGCACUGGUUGCAUAAGAUUUUAAAAAAAAAAUGCCACCAGUAAAGCCUGAGGUUUAAAUCCUCAUAUUUUAUUCAGCAAUAUUUUUUAUAAUUGAGCACAUUGACCAAGAAGCAGUAAAUUAAAUGGAAACCUGAGGCACCAAAGGUCUGAGGUAUGUUUAGCCCACACCCACCAGCAUAUCUAGAUGCACUGCAUGCUGAGGAUCAGUUUCUUUGUAAGAACAUCAUUUCAUGGAAUUAACCCACCAAUCAGAACAACCUGCAAACUAGCUCUUCAAAUAAAAUCAAUUGACUGCAAAGCUUACUGAAUGAAGAUAAACAACAGCUGACAACAAUUAACAGCUAACAUUUCAUGAUGUCCGCACUUUUACUGGUUCCCCUGUGAAAUGAUAUCUUGGGAACGAGCACAGAAAUUCCAUACUCAGAUGACAUCUGGGGAAUGCUUGUCAUUGGUUGUGCCAGUAGAGUCGACUCUGGAAUUUCUGGAAUUUCUGUGCAGGUCAUUUGACCUCAGAUGCCAUUUCAAGGAAAAACCAUUAGGUUUCUUGUAGGCUAAAAGAACGAAGGUCAGCCUUAAAGUUACUGUAAUGUUUAUUCAACAUAUUGGUAUAUUUUUUGCCUGUAGGUAUUGGUACUGUGGCAUUUGACACCCGUCUUGGAUUGUAUGAUGAUCCAAUCCCACCAGAAGCGCUGCAGUUCAUUAAUGAGGUUCAAAACUUCUUUGCCCUUUCCCACAAGCUUAUUUUCAGUGCAGUGCACAGAAUUGCUGGGCCAUAUACACUAUUAGGGCUAUGUGUGUGAAAAUCGUGUGAAAAGGGUGUGAAAAGUGUGUGAAAAAAAGGAACCAUGUGAAAUCAAUGUUGGAAAAAAUACAAGUUCACCACAUCAGCAUUUCACAUGCAUGUGAACUUUUUGAUAUGCGUGUGAAAUUUUGUAAUACAUGUGAAAAAUUUUUGUCAUGUGUGUGAACUUUUUUUCCAUGUACUUUAUUACAUGUGAAAUCUUUUCAUACAUGUGAAACAAUUUUGUCAUGCAUGUGAACUUCAAAUUUCACAUGCAUAAUAGAUGCUAUGCAUGUGAAAUUUUUCACAUGCAUGUGAACACUUUAGGCAUGUCAGAGUGAGCAUGUGAAUUUUUUUUCAGGGCUUGUUAAAUGCAACCACUAUGAACCAUAUUUAUAUGAAAAUGCCAUGAAUUUCUAGUGAAUACCCCAUGAAAGGCAUUUCAUGGCUCAUAAAAACUGCAAAAUUAAAUUUCAUGCCAUGCCACAUCUAGCAUUCUAUGGCUCAUAGCUCAAAAAUAUCAAACUAAGUUGACUAUGAGGGUCAUGAAUUUUUGAAGAAUAAGAUUUGAUAAGUUACUAACCUAGAAAAUUCACUAUACUUUAAUGCGUCAGACCUUUAAGGCAAGUGAUCACAACAAAUGUGCUGUUACAAAUCAUCAUCAUCAUCACCAUUAAAGGCGAACCCCAAUAUACCAAAGUGCCAAGCCCCAGAAGGGCCCUCUUGUAAAGUAGCGGACUGGAAUUAACGUUCAAAGCUCUUUUCAGGAACUAGCUUGCAACCAGAUCUCUCAGUCAAUAACUGUAUUAAUUAUUAUUAAAUACACAGGGGUUUCAAAACAAGCCAGAGACUAGAGUUCUGCGGCUACUCAACUGUAUAUUGCUGGCUGCGCUGGUCAUAACAAUUAGCUUGUGACAAACAAUCUCGAUUGUCACAGCCGCCUGCUUUUCCAGAGUUGGCGCCUACUUCAAAACAUUUUGAAACCCCUGAAUACACAGUACAUUCUUCAUUAUAUUUGGCUUGAUUAAAACCUUUCGAGUAUCCGAUCCACAUGUGCAUCUUUACAAAUAUCAUUGUCUUCAUUGUUUGCUAGAACAUGCUAUAUAAAUUUAUGUAUUUUAUCAACUGUCUCAUCUAAAUUUGUGGGUUGUGUAUCUUACCACUUGAGUUUCCACCCAGAAAGAUGUGUACCAUGAUUUUUGUUAAGUGGGGAGGGCUAAAUCCUGAGAAUUAAACCAUUCUUUUAACAGAUCUUCAUUGAGGACAAAACGGACUUAAUUUUACUACUCCAUCAGAAAACUUACUUUGCUAACAUAUACGACAUAUGUAACUACACUUUAUGAAUGUUUUGUUUCUUACUGUAACGUUCCUCGUUGUAACGUUGAAAGUCCACUUGAACAUAUGCGAACAGUUCCUUGCUUUGCAUGCCUUUUGAGUUUUCUUUUGAUACCGUUCGUUCAACUAACGAUUCCUUGAAGCAAACAACUGGCAUGCUCUUGGUUUGCUCAAGUUGUCUUUGGUUCAAUCAGCUUCCAUACCUGAGCUUAUCCAACAUGAAGAACGUCCACAACACGUAUUUAGUCGCAACUUAGAUUCAUGUAGUGAAGGCCAGCAUUUCCUUAAAUUCUCAAAGGUUUCCCAACUUGAAGGAACAAUGUUAAGUUUUUCUCUUGCUUCUAACACUUCAAAUGCACUGGAAUAUUUUAAUCAAUGCUGAAAAUAACCGCUUUUUCGACUCAAACGAGUGCACUUUCUCCAUCGCAAGAUUAGCCGCCAUGUUUGUUGUUUCCCAGGCUUCCCCGUGAUUUUAGCACAUGCGCGAUUUGAUUUACAAUGUCACGUGCGGCUUUUCAACCAAUAGAAAAUUGUAAAAUGAAGUUCCGUUGAAUAGUUCAAAUUCACGCGGACUUCACAAGCAACACAGCGAUGCAAACAGAAUAUUUUCGUUACUUUCGGAUAGAUAGAAAGACUGUCUUUCAAUAAUACCCAUGUUAUUUUCGAGAGAUAGUGAUUAAUUGCAAAAUUCUUCACAAAAAGCAUGUUUCCAAGUCAGCAACUCAGCUGGAUUAUUGCAGAAAGGUAUGUUCUUCUUGAUAUCGUGGUUCGUUAACAAGAGCUUACUUUGGCUUUCUAAUAACUUUGCGUAAGCUUAAACCUUCAAAGAUACAUCUUAAUUUAAGAUGCAUGCACAGAUAUGCCAUUGAUUGAUUCCUUUUUGUUUACUGCAGAAAAAACUGUACUCUUUGUUGCAAAUCGUCAAUGGAAUACUCUGAAAAUUUUAUGUUCUGACGCUAGUAGGCUGUGGCAGACUUGUCAAGACCAAUGUUAAAUAAAAUAGGAGACGAAAUAGCAUAAGUUUCCGAUAUGCAUGCAAUGUAUACUACAAGUUGGAAGCAAUUAAGUUUCCAGUUAAUUUAUAAUGACUUGAGAGUUGAAGUAAACCUAUAAAAUUUGAGUAGGUUUGUUUAUUUGACCUUCGAUUCAUAAUAUUCAUACAUCUGCAAUAAGGUCAAAAAUAAAAGGCAGCUCUAUCUAGUCUGAUGUGUGGACCUUCAGUUCAGAAAGCUGUUCAGCCACUUUGAAAGAAGCAGUCAGUUAGCAUUAUUUUUUUCCAUAAACAUGCUCGUAUUUUUCAAAGUUGUUUAUUUACUUUGUAUUUUCACUGAAAUUGAGUGCUAGAUUGCUUUUCUGUAACUUGGUAUUCCUUAAUAAGUGGAAAUUGUAAAUUGGCCACUAUGUCAUUUACUAUCAUUAUUAUUACAAUUUAUAAGAAAUAUUUCUAACCAAGAAUUAGUAUAUUAUUAGUUAUUUUAUUGAUGUAGGAAUUAAAGGUAUAAAAACUGAGCAUGAUAGAAAGUUUUGUUUUUAUUAUUAUCCUCCAGGCAAUAAAUAUUGACAAAUAAACAGGAUUAGACAUUGAUGUUUCCAUUAGCCUUAAGUGCCUUUUUUGAGUAACUUAAAUUUAUAUUUAAGUUCAUUUUAGGACAUGUGAGUCAGUUGAACUGAGUUUCACCGUGUUGAUAAUAUGAAACCAAUUUCCUUUGCCAAUCAAUUCUAUCCAGUUUGCUUUUCACUUUUUGCCAGUUUUAUAUAAAUCAAGUUCUUCUGAAAAUACCAUAAAAUUAUAAAUAAACCAGCAGAUCAGGCUAUAAACCUGAAGUUGUUUGUGACUAUAUGAAAACACAACCAUGCAUGCAGUUGACAGUACUUCAGACAAAUUAAUUGCAAGCGGAAAGUGCAAAUGUAAAUUUGUGUGUAAAUUGAUCUUUAUAAGCUAGUUGAUUUCCUGAAUAUUUGCUUGUGAAACAACAUACCCAAUUUGUGUGAAGUGGUAUGGGAAAUUCUACCUUGCAAGCAGAGUUUUCUCUCUUGCAUGGCUUUUAGCGUUUACGAAGUCGUUUGGGUGGCUUGUCUGUCGCGUAGUUAGUUUGUUUACGUGUAAACAAACCUCUGCUCGCAGGGUAGUAAAAUUCUAUUGCCAUUCAUGAUCUCCGAUCUCUGAGGAUUUACAUGUGAAAGCUCACGUGAAACCCCGUGUGAAGUGUAUGUGAAAAUAAUGUGUGAAUUAGUAGCAUGUGAAAUUCUAGAUGUUUUGCCAUUCAUUGAGGAUUAAGUACAUGUGAAAGCCCAUGUGAAACCCCAUGUGAAGUGUAUGAAAAUAUGUGUGAAUUUAAAUGAGGAUUUACAUGUGAAAGCCUGUGUGAAACCGCAUGUGAAGUGUAUGUGAAAAUAUGUGUGAAAGGGAUGACGUCGCUUCACACCCUUUUCACAUAUAUUUCACUAUGCAAAAUUUCACAUGCACGUGAAAUAUGUGUGUGAAAUGCAUGUGAAAAGUGUGUGAAAAAUGUGUGAAAAGAGUGUGAAAAUAGGACAUUUUUCACACAUUUUUCACAUGGUGUUUCACAUACAUACUCCUAGUAGUGAUAUUGACAUACCACUUUUUAAAAAGUUCCUCAAGUGUGGUGAUACUAUCUUAGACAUAGGACAGAGUUUUGUGGAAAAAAAGAUGAUGGAACUAAAAGAAAUGGCAGAGAAAGGAACUGACAGUUCUGAUAACUCUCAAGGUUUGUGCAAGCUGAUUGGAUAGAUGCUACCUGUUAAAAAUUUGAUUAACCCACUUGUACUUUUAUGAGAGCCUUCGGGCUGGAUGAAUUACAAGAAAGUUUAAUAAAAAUUAAGAAAAUUAAGCACAGUUAAUAAAACAAACAGCAUAGCUCUAAUUAAUAGAGUACUAAUAAAUAAUAAAAUGAAGCUAUAACAUUGGUCUCCUAUUUAUAUAGCUGUUUUUUCGUUCUGGCAAGAUAAAAACAGCUACAUUAUAAGCAGACUACUCCCUUUAUAUAAUACCAAUUUUAGUUUUGCAAUCUGCAAAACUUUUAGGUGGAGUAUAAAGUUAAGGGAUUCAUAGAAGGAUAGCUGGCAUGCCGCUGAUUUUUUGCCCACCACACCCUUAUGCUCUCCUGGUUCCCCACUGCUGCUUGUAAGGUCAAAAGAUUGAAGGAGGGGGUGGGGGGAGGGCAGGGAGGGAGGGGGCUGGGGCAGUGGAAGGGCUAGUGAAAUUUAAUAGGGUUUCUGGAGACUCAAGUCCCCUUAACUCACCCCUCCACCGAGACACAUGAAGAACUGACCUGGAAUGGCUGUAAGGUCAAAUAAUUCUUGGAACUUAUAAUAUUAGUAACUUUUAUCUUCAAUGCAGGCUUAUUUUGGGGGUCCUGAAAGCUGUUAUACUAUGUUUUGUUUUUGUGUUUGUUUUUGUUGUUUUUUUUUUGUAUCGUUGCCGCCAUCUUCGACUUUAUAUCACACUCAGGUGACUGCAGAGGAAAAUUGGGGAGGGUAGAAAUGGUAACCCUACUAGGAGGACUUGGUUUUUUUUUUAGAGUUCAACAUGAUGACCGUUGUUAGCAGAAACUAUUCAUAUACACCUGAAGAAGACACUGCAUGGCAGGCCAUUCUAAUCUCUGCUUUUUUGCAUUUUAGUUGUUUCAGUGCUGGCGUAUUUACUCACAAAGGAAGAUCUGACACCUGAGGAAGUAAAUGGCCACGCUAUUGAUGUGGUGGCUAAUGGUGUUGAUCAAGUGAGCGUAGAGAAAAAGUGAAUUAUUAUUUAACCCUUUAAGUCCCAAUAGUGACCAAGAUCAAUUUUCUCCUAACAAUAUCCAUACAAUGUAAAGAUCUAUAAGUUAUGAGAAUAAAUAAAAUGAUCACCGAAGAGAAAAUGCCUUGAUCUUUUAUCAAAUUCUCUCAACUAAUUCUUUAAGGAAAUGUAUGCAGAUCAGUUUGGAGAAUUUGUAUGUUGAUACUGGGGCUUAAAGGGUUAAUGAAUGGUGUAGUCAAUCAGUGCUAUAUGUCAUUAGCAGCAGCAUGAUCAUCAUCAUUAUCAUCCUUGUCGUCGUCAUCAUCAAUUUUGUUAGCAAUUUUAUCAUGACUUAACUUUUUUAUUAUUUUUCUUCUCCCCCCCCCCCAAAAAAAAAAACAUUUCGGAAACCUUGUAAAAGUAUGCGGAGAGAAAAACCAACUUUUUUAUCUCCUUCCUGAUAACAGACAUCAAUAACCGCCCUUUGGUGGUUAUAUAACUUGGCAAGAUUUCCUCAGGUGCAAGAAAAAAUUUACGAAGAGAUACAGAGCGUUGUUGGGGUAGACGGAGAAGUUACACCGCAUAAUCUUGCAAAGCUUCACUAUCUCAAGGCGUCUCUCAAGGAAUCAUUAAGGUAAACAUAUUGAAAAAAAUUAACUGUUAAAUUUUUUUUUCUGCGUUUCGGGCUUUAUAACAGUAAUUGGGUGUUGUAUAUUCUGGGUUUGGUUCAUAUAAUAGCGAGUUAAACCAAAAGCGUUCUAUUUAAGUGAUGUUCAUACUGUGAGGCGUUUUCCCUUUUAGAAUUAUCUUGACGCUGCUAGAUUCGUUAUGCUCAUUGGUAUCUUUGUUCUGAUAGAGAUGAAUAACCGAAAAAUUUAGACGAAACCAUCGCCAAAGAUUGCAAAAACAUCCACUUCUGGGUGACUUGCGUCGGUCAAAAAUGUCUAUGCUUAAACUCCCGAAUAUUGAUAAUUUUAAGGUAUUUUAAUCUAAUUUAAUUUUACCCAUGCAUCUCUCUGCUUGUUAUUUCAUGCAUUGAAGGCUGAACCCUACUGCAGGAACCCUCGGAAGGAUAUUAGACCAGGACGUUGUCUUAUCUGGAUAUACUGUUCCUGCAAAUGUAAGUACUACACUAAGUACACCGUACUAGGCAGAUGGGCGUUUUUUAUAUCUAAGGGGGUGGGGAGGGUGUUUCUUUUAUUUUAUGACGUCAUUGUUUUCGUCACGCAUGGCAAAUUGUACGCAAACGGAUACGAUUUGUCAAAAACCCCUCACAGAUCGCUACUCUGGUUAAUCGUCAAUUCGUAUUAUUGGUGCACUCCUUAACACUGCUUAAGGGCUCUCUGACCUAUCUUUUGGGACUGUUGCUAGGGAACGUUCUGGCCGUAUAACUUAAACUCCUUUUGCCAUGCAUUAGCCAUUUUAUAGCACAGUACGUAUUGGCUAUAUACAGAUGCAAAUAUGACGUCAUCGGACCACACCCUUGAUCACGUAACCUGAAGCGAAAACGUUUAAAAUCUCGAACAUUUACCAUCUUAAUUGCUGUUUUUUAGUGGAUGUAUGAUAUUUUUAAUUCAAUUCACGUUAAAUUUCGGUUAGAUUAUGUUUGUUUUCCUUCAAACUAAAUUUCUAACCCAGAAUAGAAGUGUUCAAAUGGUGAUAAUAUGUUUGAUGGAAUAGACUUCUUGACCGUUGCUCAAAGCGUCACCCAGGAGCGAAAAACAUAUUUGCGUUCAUUGGCCUGGGUGAUGGGGAUCAGGUAUAGAAUUCAAAAGUGUGGGGAUUAAGUUGUUGUCCAUUCUCUCGAGCUAAUGAAUUAAGGAAAGAAUGCGCGGUGAUACUCCUUAUUUGUGCUGAUUAUGUUAGUGGUUCACAUUGGUUCUUGCAGACCAUCGUAGUAAUGGACUUCUACUGCUGUGCAUUGUCUGGAAAAUAUUAUAAAAACUCUCUUGACUUUCAACCAGAGCGCUGGCUGAAUAAAGACAAAGACGAAAAUCACCCGUUUACCAAUCUUCCAUUCGGAUUUGGAACCCGUAUGUGCCUUGGU